AUGUCGCGGCUCCUAUCUGGCGCCCUGCGCCUCCGUCGCGACCCGCGCCUUCUGAAGCUGCCGCCCUACAUCUCCCUGCUGUGCAUCGUCGUCGGCGUCGCAUGGCUGCUGAUGCUACCGCAGAACGACUACUCGCGGCGAACCUACAUCUCCGAGAACGCCCUGCUGCCGGGCCAGGUGCACACGUAUUUUGGCGGCAGCGACCAGAACGUCUUCCGGGCGUACAAGCAUGAGGUGGACGGGCUCGUGGGGCGAAGCAACGUUGAGGUCAAUGACGGGCUGGAGGGCAUCUUCAAGGCGGUAGGGCUCAAGGUCGGCCGACAGGACUUCACAUACUCGAGCUCCGGCAACACAUACGCCGGCGAGAACAUCUACGCCAUCCUGCAGGCGCCGCGGGGCGACGCUACCGAGGCCAUCGUGCUGGUCGCCGCAUGGAGGAACGUCAAGGACGAGCACAAUAAGCGGGGCGUCGCGCUCCUCCUGACGCUGGCGCGCUACUUCCGGCGGUGGUCGCUGUGGUCCAAGGACAUUAUCUUCGUGGUGCCACCGGACAGCCUGGCGGGCCCGCAGGCCUGGGUUGAUGCUUACCACGACGCGCACGACACGCGGCACAUCGACCCGCUGCCGAUGAAGUCCGGGGCGCUGCAGGGCGCCAUCGCCCUCGACUACACGCAGGAGCACCGCUUCCAGUCGGUUCACAUCGUGUACGACGGCAUCAACGGGCAGCUGCCCAACCUGGACCUCAUCAACAGCGUCGUCAACAUUGCGGGUGGGCAGAUGGGCAUCGGCGUGUCGAUACAGGAGAUGUGGUCGCACAGCGACUCGUACGACGACAGGCUGCGCACCAUGCUGCGCGGUAUGAUGAAGCAAGGCCUAGGAAUGGCGUCCGGCCCGCACAGCAGCUUCAUCCCCUACCACGUCGACGCCGUCACCAUCCGCCCAUACGGGGAGGGUUGGCAGGACGAGAUGGCCAUGGGCCGCGUCGUCGAGGGCACCUUCCGCUCCCUCAACAACCUACUCGAGCACCUGCACCAAAGCUUCUUCUUUUACCUACUCAUGCACAAAGACCGCUUCGUCAGCAUCGGCACGUACCUACCGAGUGCGAUGCUGGUCGCGGCGAACUUUACGAUCAUAUCGAUUGCGCUGUGGGUCAAGAGUGGACAGGCUGGGGAGCCCGAAAAGCCAGCAGAGACGGGGAAAGAGAAGGGUGCGACCGAUGAAAAGGGGCCGGCCGAUGCUAUUUUGACACCGGCCACAGAGCGGGAUCUUUUCCUGCCUUUGGUUCUUGUCACUGGGUGCCAAUUCCUCGGGGUUGUGCCGUUCUACAUCUUCAACAACCUGCCAGAGGGCAUGCACACCCCCAUCUUCAUCCUCUUCGCAAUCCUCAACGUCGCCCUUCCACACCUUGCCUCCCACGUACUGACAACCAACUUCCGCCCGACGCUGCAGCAGUAUUCUCUAAUGCAAUCCUUCUCCCUGCUCCUCCUGGGCAUGUUUCUCUCAUCCCUGGCGACACUGAACUUCUCCCUCGCACUGAUGGUCGGCCUGCUGUCGACGCCGCUGUCGUUCGUGCGGCCGUGGCCCGCACUCCCCGCCGCGAGGUGGGCGUCAACGCUGUUGCUCAACCUGCUGGCGCCCAUGGCCGUGCUGGCGCUAUGGAGCGUGUACUGGUCUGGGUGGGGCAACCUGGGCGAGGUGCUGCGCGAGGCGGCGUUCGGGUGGCGCGUCUGGGGCAUGUACACCAGUGUCGUCGUCUGGGGCGUGUGGUGGCCCGCCUGGCUUGUUGGCGCCAUCGCAGUGCUAGGGCGGCCGGGGGCGGAAGCGAAGACGACGAGGGCUGUAGGCCAAUGA